AUGAAUCUCUCUCUGGUUGAUCCCUUUGUCCUGGCACAGGACUACCCGGACACACUAACGGGCAAACUGAGUAUGAUUUCUGUAUUUUUUUUUUGCAGCCCCAUAACACGAAAUCCAUCAUACUUACCCAAAUUACAGGAAGCGGCCACGCAACUUGUUUACGGUUCAAUCGCAAAGGGGAUUACCUCGCAUCUGGGAGGCUGGUCUAGAUGCGGACGAUACCUGUUAAGUUCCUCCCAGGACUGGAAAUGCAUUCUGUGGGAUAUGAAAGAUGGCUCGCGGGUGCGCAGUGUCCGGUUCGAAGCGCCGGUAUACAUUGCUGAAUUACAUCCCUACAAUCAUUGGCUAUUUGUCGCAUCGUUAUUCGAAGACCAACCGGUUCUAGUAGACAUAUCCUCCCCUAAACCUAUCAAACGGAUCCUUCCUUCCGCCCCCCUUCGUCCGUCGAUUCCCAAUUCUAACGAGGCCGACCCAUCCGUGGCAGCAAAGCAAGCAGCUCAGGAUGCUAAACAUUCUACGUGCGUGACGAUCUUUACGGCCUUGGGGAAUCACAUCAUCGCCGGAACGUCCAAGGGAUGGAUCAACAUCAUUGAGACGCAGACGUGUAACAUGAUACACUCAACACGGCUAUGCAAUGGCGUUGUGAUCCUCAUUCGUCUCGCCAGCAAUGGGCGCGAUUUGCUCAUCAACAGCUCCGAUCGAGUUAUCCGGACGGUGCUGAUGCCGGAUCUUUCACAACUGGGAGUGGGACUGGAUCCGGCCAACAUCAAAUUGGAAGUGGAGCACAAAUUCCAGGAUGUCGUCAAUCGGCUCAGCUGGAAUCACGUCGCGUUCUCAUCGACGGGAGAAUUCGUCAUGGCGUCGACAUUCAUGAACCCUGACAUUUACAUAUGGGAACGAAGCCACGGAUCGCUGGUGAAGAUCCUCGAAGGGCCGAGGGAAGAGAUGGGAGUGGUGGAGUGGCAUCCAUCGCGUCCGAUGAUCAUGGUCUGCGGCCUGGAAUCCGGCUGCAUCUACACGUGGUCCAUAGUGACGCCGCAAAAAUGGUCUGCGCUGGCCCCCGACUUCGCGGAAGUGGAGGAAAACGUCGAGUACGAAGAACGAGAAGACGAAUAUGACAUCCACCCUGCGGAUGAGGUCCACCAGCGUCGCCUGGACCAGGAAGACGAGGUCCCGGACGUGCUGACUAUCGAGCCGGUCAAGGGCGACGCCGACGGAGGCCUGGAGACGUUCCGGAUGCCGGUUCUUCUCGAUAUUUCGGACAGCGAGAGCGAGGACGACAUUGUGGCGGUCGGACCGGGAACGAUGCGAAGACGGAGUCCCGGCGCCGGCCGCGAGUGGGCUGUAGACGGAGACGGCAUUGGAGAUGGUGGAAAUGGUGGUGGUGGUGGUGCCUCAAGCCGGGCGGUAACGAACGGUACUGCAAGAGGUCAUAACCGUGGACGACGAAAGCAGCAGCAACAACAACAACAACAAUGA